AUGCCACUGUUGGUAGUAGUUCUGUUAGCCUUGGCUGUGGCUGCUGCUGACGCGGUCAGUCCCAAACCUGACCAAAUCAUCACCAACGGAAGUCCGGCGUACGAUGGACAGGCUCCCUAUGUGGUGGGCAUGGCCUUCCACCAGAGCAAUCAGUGGUGUAGUGGCACUAUCAUUGGCGACACAUGGAUCCUGACUGCUCGCGCCUGUCUGACGGGCAGCACCGGGGUAACCAUUUACUUCGGAGCGACACGCCGAAGCCAGGCUCUCUUGGCAAUGUAUGUGGGAAGCACCCAGUACAUUCAGGACAAUGAACACCUCGCCCUAGUGCGCGUCCCUAAGGUGAGCUUCGGCCACAGGAUUAGGAAGGUCGCUCUACCAGGACUGCGGAACCAAUCGAAUCGGUACGAAAACAGGUGGGCCACCACCUGCGGCUGGGGCAGCAGCGCAUCAACACAAACGCAACCCGACUGGCUGCAGUGCGUCGACCUACAGAUCAUGUCGAACACCGAGUGCAUCCCCUUUUACGGCCUGGCCACAAUCACGGACCGCAUCCUGUGCACCCGCACCACCAACGGCAAGUCCAUCUGCUUUGGCGACGCUGGCAGUCCGUUGGUCAUAGCACAGGGAUCCACUAUGGUGGGGCUGUCGCUGUUUGUGUCCACGCAGGGCUGUACCCUGGGACUGCCAGCAGGGUUCUCUCGGAUCACUAGUCAAUUGAACUGGAUUCGCCAACACACUGGAAUCUACUAUUAAAUUGCAACUAAAAUUUAAUAUUUAAAGAAAA